AUGGCCUCACAACCACCCAGUCUCGCCUUCAAUGAUGUCUACAUGGCCGGCAAACCGCAAAACACUCCCGUGCCUCUCACUAUAUUCAAGACCUAUAGUGUUAAUGACGGUAUUAAAGGCCAAGCUAAAUCCCGCUUCUCACACGACGAUCUCAUAGAGCGAGGUCAGGCUUUGAUCGAGGAAAGUAUCAGUUUUGGAGUCACGCACAUGAGAGCUUUCGUGGAAGUUGAUCUUGAUGUUGGGAUGAAGUGUUUAGACGCCGGUCUUGAGUUGAAAGAGCGGUUCAAGGAGAGGUGUUAUGUGCAGAUUUGCGUGUUUGCGCAGAAUGCUAUUGUGUCGUAUGAGGAUGCGGGAAAGGAGAUGAAGGCAUUGCUUGAGAAGGCAGUGGGGCGAGAGGGUGUGGAGGUGUUGGGGAGUACGCCUUAUGUGGAAAAGGGUGGGGAGAGGAAGGCUCAGGUUGAGAAUAUUAGGUUUACGGUUGAGAUGGCGCUGAAGUAUACGCUUCAUGUGGAUUUUCAUAUUGAUUAUAACCUGGAUGCGAGGAAUCAUUCUAUGGUUUUCGAGGCACUGGAGCUUUUAGACUCCAUGAAUUGGCCAUCAAAAGAAUGUUCUCCGGAUUUCAGGACGAUAGUCUUUGGACAUUGCACUAGGCUUACGCUUUUUGACAACAAGGAGUGGGAUAGACUAAGAGAUAACAUUGGUAACUUGCCCGUCUCUUUUGUAGGACUCCCCACAUCGGAUCUGUUCAUGAUGGGACGGCCGGACUCGGAUUUGGGUGGUGGUGUUAGACCUCGGGGCACGCUUCAGAUACCACAGAUGAUCAAGAAGUAUGGCUUGAAUGGGGCGAUAGGCAUAAAUAAUGUUGGCAACGCUUUUACGCCGCAAGGUAAUUGCGAUCCGCUUAGUCUUGCUAGCCUGGGGGUUGCUGUGUAUCAGGCUGGAACAAAAGAAGAUGCGGAUAUUCUGCUGCAAUGUGUAUCAAGCCGAGCAAGACAUGCCAUUGGGCUGAAGCCUCUGUCUACAAAACAGAGCAAAUCUAAUGACAGUGAGAGCUUUUCGGUGGAAGCAGAUGACUUAUGUUUAAGUAUAGGAGACCGAGCAGACUUUGUAGUAUUCGGCAACGAAUCAACCACGAGUUCUGGGUCAUUCCGAGCUAGAACAACCACUCAGAGUAUAGUGAAUGACGCUGGGAGAGACAGAACGACCAUAUAUAGAGGUCAGAUCACCAGCCGUGUAUAG